UGGAUAUUCCAUUUCCACGGUAGGAAUGCAAAAUUUGUAUGACUUGUAAUCGCAACCCACACGGCACGCGCUUCGGCUUCGAAUCGGAUUCUCCGUGGCUAUAAACCCUGUUUCGUCUCAUAACUUUUUCGUCGAUUCAUCUCGAUUCUCUCUUCUCUUUGCUAUCAGAUUCUUCCUCUUCUUUCUCCGAGAUUUCUUUGUAGCAGAGAUUUUCAGAGCCAGAAUCACUCAAUCGAUCAGUCAAAUCCAUGGCGGGAAACGGCUCGUACGAUUGGGCGGACCAGUGGGAUUACAGCGACUCGAAGGACGUAGUCACGGAGAACACGAAGAAGAGCGGCGGCGGAAACACUACGACUAAGUAUAAACAGAAGGUCGGCGAAGGCCUUGGGAAGACCAAAGCUGUGGCCUCCAAUGGCGUUAAAAAGGUCAAACAAGGAACCUCUCUCGGCUUCCAAUGGAUCAAAGAUAAAUAUAACAAAACCGCUCAUAAGAAGUAGAAAUCCUUCGUAUUCUACUCCUCUCUUGCUCUUCGGUUUUCUUUUUCUUAUCAUCAUCGUCUCCAUAGCUUAUCUUUGAGCUGUAUAUCUUGUUUUUUCUAUUUCUUUGUCUGCUGGUUAUAUAUAGAUACUGAUACACCAUAGAUUAUUCUUUUGUUAAUAUGAUUUGAUCUCUGUUCGUUUCU